GAGAGAGAGAGAGAAAGGGAGAAAGGGGGAGGCAAAAGCAGCUAGGGCACGUUUGCUAGCCACAGAGGUAGAUGAUUCGAUUUCCCCCCACACAAAACAGGUUUUACGUUUCUCUUAAAUGAUAUACAAAAUAAAACGGAAUUGAUUACGUAAAGCAAAUAUUUAAUCGGUUAAAUGUUUGCUAACAUGGCUAGUUUUCUUGAAUAGCCUAGCUAGCUAAUCUCAAACAGUAGGCUAGCUAGCUAGCUCACCAAUCGAUAACGCGGAAUUGUAGCUAGCUGACGUUAGCUAGCUAACUAGCUAUCUAGCACGCACACAAGCAAGCAUGCACACGGUAUAGGAGGCAGUCGGAUUGCAGCGAACAGUCAACAGAAAGCCAGCUAUUGAAUAUACGAAACAAAAACCAUGCGGACCGCCUUAGCGGAUACCGACCGGACCCUGCAAAUCGCCUUCCCUGGGGUACAAGUUUCUUCGGGCCGCUGACCGGACGCCACGGGACCCCGACGUAAAUUUAUCCUUCUAACUGACUCAUUUGUAAACCCCUCUUCCCUGUGGACAACCCACCUUCCCCGACAUCCUCCCAUCAUCACUCCCAUUUUGUGCUUCUGUGUUUUUAAAGGUUGAUCAACACUUUGCUUUGAUAGGGAUUCAUUUUCAGGUCAAUAGUGGAGUGGGAGGGCCUGUGAAGUCAGCAUAUUCAAGAAAGAAAGCAGAAAAAAUUGUUAUUGCUUUGCUAAACCAUUAUAAAACAUUAAUGACCAUUCCCUCCAAAGAAAAUAAUUUUUGAAUCAUAUUUUAUGUCCUGUUUUAUAAAACAAAUAAAAUGCAGAAAAUUACUUUCCCUGUUCAUUAGUACACAUUUGUAUUAAUUAGGCCUACAUGUUGUUCUGGUUAUUACCAUAUAAUGCCCUCAUCCCUCAAUAAGUCCCUGCUCUAUAAGGAUCCCAUUUCUGAGCAUACUAGGAUAUAAGAUGUUUUUUUUAACCUUGUGGAAACAUCUUUGUAACUGGUAUUUUUUUAAAUUGAGUGCAGUUUAGUUGAAUUCAGGUUUUUUUUAAAGACAGUGCCACUGUUUUCAGAGGGAACAGCAACUUGUCUAUCGAGCAAAUUCUGGGACCAUGUUGAGUAUUUUAGCCGCGGGAUCCAUCUUUUUCCCAGGACUAUUCCUGCUGUCGAAACGUUGUCUCAAACGCAUCCCAGGACUAAGAUGGAGCGAAGGGGAUGCAGUUAUUGUUUCUGCCAGAUUGGUCUCUUCCAUUCAGGCAGUUAUGGCUUCCUCAGCGGGUUACAUCAUUGCAACUUCCUGUGAUGACAUCAUUGAGGACCAGCACUGGCUAACGACCACCUACAUCCUCUUUGCAGUGCCCUACUUUGUCUAUGACAUCUAUGCCAUGUUCAUGUGCUAUUGGCACAAACUGCAGGUAAAAGGUCAUGAAGAUGGACCCAAGCCUAUUGGCGCAGCCCUGAUCAGCUACCUACGAAGAGAAUUCCUCAUGGUUCUACACCAUGUUGUCAUGGUCACUGUCUGCUUCCCUGUUUCUGUGUUCUGGCGUCAGGGAAAGGGAGAUUAUUUUCAGGGUGUCAUGUUUCUGGCUGAACUCAGCACACCUUCCGUUUGUUUGGGAAAAAUUCUUAUUCAGUACAAGCAGCAGCACACUCUCCUGCACAAAGUGAAUGGAGGUCUUAUGCUGAUCACUUUUUUCAUCUGUCGAGUUCUUCUCUUCCCCUACCUCUACUACGCCUAUGGCAGGUAUGCCUCAAUCCCAUUUUACAUGGUCCCCUUCUCAGUGCCCUGGCAGUGUAACCUGGGAGCAGGCCUGCUCAUGGCCCCUCAGGUCUACUGGUUCUCCUUGAUCUGCCGGGGGGCCUUCCGCCUCUUCACCGGCUCUAUGCGGUCCCGCCGCCUCCCUCCUCCGCCUAAGGCUGACUCGGAGGGUAACGUUCUGCCCCCUCCAGCCAACGGGUACAGCCCCCGGGAGACGGAGCAGGAGACGGACACGCACUGAGGAGAGGGCAGGCGGGGGUGUGAAGUGGGAGAGAGACAGGAGGGGAGGUGGCGUUGUACUGUAUUUUGGGUUUUGUAACUGGUGCUUGUAUCCAGAGGAGGGGAAGCUGUUACGACGCUAAUAGGAGUGAGGAGAAGAAAUGGAAGGUAUGUAGAAGCAGAAAAUUAUGUUUUCUCUCACUCUUCUUUCUUCUUAGCAAUCACUAUUAGACUAGAUUCAGAGGGGGCACACACGUGAUGCUCAUCAUGCAACUGAAAAUAAAUGAGAAGAAUUGCUAUGGGUAAGAAGAACAAAAUGGCCUAAUUGUGGAAUACUAUGCUGAGCCUUCAAACUGGGAGGUUCCAUAUGGACUGAUGGGGUGAUACAGUACUAGAAUGCUGACAUUGGAAAAUGAUUGAAAGGCAAGUGCGUUGAUGAGUAUGAUAGAUGGUCUAAGGAACACUAGAAUAGCCAACAGAUUGUAUUCUUUUAAAAGAUAAAAUCCUGUUAGAGAUGUAAGGGGGGGGGGGUUCAGGAUUUAGGAAUGUAUUAUAUUGUAUAUGAUGGUAAAUUAUUGUAGAUGACCAAUUCAGCUUAAUUAACAAAGAAGAAAACAAACAGUAUUUCAUCAUUUUAGUGUUUAUUUCUUAUGUAAUCACCGUAAUUCAUGUCAGUUGCCGUCAAGAUUAUUGUUCUCUGCAGGAAAAAUAUAAUCUCAAAUGAUUCCAUAUUAUGCUGCCUUAUCCCUCCUUAUAUUUUCCUAACCCUUUCGUUCUCUGUUUCACUCUGGCUGUUGCAUUGUUUUAUUUGGACAAUUAGGCUGAAAUGUAUUUUUCUGGGCAUGUGACAAGUGUACAUGGCAUUUGUUAUUGUAUAGUUAUUGUUUGUGUCCAUUGUUUUUAUUUGUUUUUAUUAAUGUAAAGACUUUAUGUGAGGUUUAAUUUAUACACAUUAUUUAUUUGUUUUUUAUGGAUUCAAAGGAUUUUAGUACGGGUAGUCAUUUUAGUACUCAAGGCUUAUCCAUGCGCCAUGCUCUCCAUUAUUUUAACACAAGGUCGGGACACAGAGGGAAGGGAACCCACUUGGAAGGAGGAAUAAGGCACAAUUUCAACUGAAUUCUAUCUUAGAGGCAACCGAUUAUUUACAGGUUUUCCGCUGCAAAACUGUACUAAAGUAUGGUGUUAUAAUUGGCUUCCUCAGGAAAGCUAUACCUAACCCGGGGGAAAGACUACACCUAAACUUCUGAUACAGUGGAUGUCAUUGUAAAAUAAUGCAGUGUUAUGUAGCAAAUGAGAGAAAAUGAAUUGCCGUAAAUAAAGUUCACUGUCUAUGUCUAUUGGACUUCACGGUAUGCUGGGGGGAAAAAAUCUGAAACUGUACUUGAUGACUAGUGUCCAGAAGCAUUGUUCCAGCUAGGUACAUCGAAACCAUGUGAUUUAACUGAGCAUUCAUAAUUAAAACAAAAAUUAUUACCUUUCCCAAGGUCAUACAGUGUUCGAAGAGCUAUAAAACCGUGUUGGAUUCCACUUAACCAACUAAUGGAGUAAUUACUUUGUUACUCUUAUCGUUCAUGCAACACUUCAAGCAUAUAACUCAUAGAACUGUUCAGAAUAUGACAAAAAUGUGUUUUCUUACAUUUUUUAAUGUUACAUUUCAUUAGUUUGGUAUGAAUACUAAAAUUGUUCUGUGCAAACUGCCCAAUGUGGAUAUUUGAAUAUCUUAAUGAUGGAGCCAAAGCGAUUGAUUGAUCUGACCCACAAAACAUAAUGCAUCAUUUCCUGUCAGGUGCAUACUAUUUUAACCAAUUAACUUUUGUUUAUUUCAUUAAGAAUACACUGUAGCGCUCUCAGAAACAAGGGAAACCUCCAUCUUAAAGCUAACUGAAUAAUAACCGACUGUACAAUACUGCCCGUUACUGCUUUGCACUCUGCAAUUUGCACGAUGACAUUGAGACUGCUCCUGUAUUUCUCUAUCUGCUGUUGCCAUCUGAGGAAUUUAUCUACCUGUAAAAUCCCCUCAUUUUGCCAAGUUACCAUGAUAUUGGUGCUUGUCAUGAAAAGUAUUGAAACGCAUAGACUGUAUCUUCCAUAAUCUAUUUAUGUAUUUAAUUUAUUUAUUUUGGAAGGUUUUGAAUGUACAUAUUUAUACAUAUUUAUUGAAUAUACUGUGUCUGCUUCUGUUCCUUGAUUGCUACCUAAAGGCUGUACUGUAACACUAAUUCUCUUGGCAAAAAUAUACUCUGAUGUCCUCC